GUUACUGGAAAGAUAUGGAGCCAGAAGACUCUGCAGAAACAGUGAGAACCAGAGGGAAUGAAUCAUUCGUCAUGUUGACAGAAUUGGAAGGAGAUACCCUCUAUCACCUCACAGUCAGGGCUUACAAUGGAGCAGGAUAUGGGCCACCCAGCGGGGAAGUGAGUGCCACCACUAAGAGACACCCCCCAAGCGAGCCUCCUGGCAACCUCAGGUGGGAGCAGCAGGGGUCUCAGGUUUCCCUAGACUGGGAGCCUGUCAGACCUUUAGCCAAUGAGUCUGAAGUCAUGGGCUAUAAGGUUUUUUAUAGGCAAGAGGGUCACAGUAAAGUUCAGGUUAUUGAAACUCAGAAACCUCAAGCUGUAGUACCUCUCCCUGAGGCUGGAGUCUACAUUAUUGAAGUUCGAGCAUACAGUGAAGGAGGGGACGGAACAGCUAGCACCCAAAUUAGGGUGCCUUCAUAUUCAGGUGGGAAAAUCACGAGCGCUCAGUCAUCCCUGCACUCUCUCUCCAUGUGGUCCUCAGUAACACUGUUCUUGGCUUUGAUGCUUCCUUCCAGUUCCUGGUGAAAGCUGCUCAUGGAGUUUGCUUUUCUUUGCUUUAGCUUGAGAAAGCAGCAGUGGACAGAGCGCAGAGAGAGCGGAGACCCAGGAUCCUGAGAAAUGCUUUGAAUGUAUGGGACUACAGACACUGCACUCUCAGGAGCUGGGGGAGAAUAUGAGUUACCCAUCAGGUUUCUCUUUGAAUUUUGUAAAUGGAAAGGACAGUUCUUGGUCCAAUAAAAAUAUGCAGAUUGUAUGUAAUGAAAUUUUGUAAGCAAAGGUAAUUUCUGUCAGAUGUAUUCUUAAUUUUUUUAAUAUGUUGGAAUUUGACUUUCUAUUUGGUGACUGAAUGCCAUCCAUUGGUUAAGAGGUGGCCUUUAUCAGCCUACACAAAAGCAAAUACAAAUCCAAGAAGGUAACAUGUUCUCAAGACUCUGAGUCUGAUGUUUUCCAAAGUUCCCAUGAGAUCACUGCUUCAACACAAAGCCAGCAGGAAAUAUGAAAAAUUGCUUCAGUUAUUGGGGUCCAUGAUAGGGUAAAUUCAUAAAAUAAUUCUCAAAAACUGUGGUAUGACUGGAUAGCAAAAUAGCAACAUUUAUCUACUAGGUGAUUCUACAUGUGCCCAGAGAGUUAGGUACUAAGGUAGGAAUUUACAUUAGAGGAAGUUAAAUAGAAAGUGAGUCCAAAUGGAUUUCUUGUUUCCCAUUGAGUGACAUGUGACCUAAUAGCAAAUACAGCCCAUGUUUAAUGCCGAAAUAGAGUUUGACAUCACAGAAAUAGUGCCUGCUGAGAACUGCAAUGGCAAACGCCACGGGUGCAAAUAUAAAAGGGGGAUGCCCCUCUUCUCCACCCACUGUCAAUAUGGAGAUGGAAUCGAGUCCAAGGCUUUAUCCUUUUUGCAAAUGAUUUUAAUGACAGUUGGUGGAAAAAAUAAUGAAGCAAAUGAUUCAAACAAAAAUAUCUAAGCUUUCAGAUACUGCUAUAUAUAUCAUAUGCCACUUAAAAAUGUUUCCCAACUACUGUGUAAUAAAGAGGUUCUACUAGGUUCAAUGAUGUUCUAAAAGCUGAGCUGUGGGAACAUGGCUUUGCCACAGGGCUUCAGCUAGUCUAGCCAAAGUCUGCAUUGCUGGAUUCCAUGCCUUCAGAGACAAUCCCAUUAACUAAUUCAAGAAUUCAAAUUCAGCCUAAGAGAUAAUUCACAGAAAAGCAAAGUGAGAUACUCUUACUUCAGGAUCGAUAGGACAAAGAGCGCAAUGAUGCACAAGGGUGGGUAUCAUAUCUAUGAAGAUUCCAGAAAGAAUACUUAUAGUAACCUCACUUUCCAGAAAUACCCUGAGAUGCUGGCUAUUUGAGUAAUACUCAUAGGAGGACGAAAGUUAGAUUCUAUUGCUCUGACAUAACAUUAUCUAAGUAACUUUGUAUGCAUCAUGAAUAACAAAAAUAAAUAAAUAAAAGAAAGAGAGGGAGGGAGAGAAAGAGAGAGAGAGAAAGAAAAUACCGUGCUUAACUCAGUGAUGCUUGGGGUGUCUAGUAAGAAAAUCCUCAAAGCACUUUCAGAUUGCAGUGAGACUGUAUGCCAGUUAUUCAUAUUUUCUUUGGAUAAAAGUGUCUCCCAGACAGCUCUAAGUAAAGGAAAGACAAUGUGAAAGAUUGUUUUAGUCAACAGACUGUUACAGUAAAUACUAAGACAGUAACUAUUCAAACCUAUGAAUAAUAAAACCACGUGGCCUUUCUGAUGUGCCUCCCGGGGAAUAGGAGAGGCUGAAUUUCACAAAUAGAAAGCAAAAGAUGAGUUUCCCCAAGAAUGGUGUCACUUGCAGAAACAAAUCAUGCAUCUGAUAAAAGUGUAGAAUGGUAUUUUUUAAAAAAAUACGUUUUUCAUAUUUGGUGAAUUGAGACAUUUUCUUCAUUUAUUAUUGACGUUUUCUUCUAGACUUACUGAAGAACCUUAAGAAUCAACUUCUUAACUAAAUUCUUCUAAAAUAAAACCUAAAAUAUAAAAAUGUCAAAACAUGGGAGAUUCUGAUUAAUCAAUAUUCCCAAAUCACUGGUGCAUCUCUACCCAAAUAUCCAGAUCCCAAACAUCUGAUGCCACAUUCUCGCACAAGUCAGAGAUGUGGGAUGUUUUUACUCAACAUGCACAAAAUAUGCAUUUUGCAUCAUGAACCUAUUUAAAAUAAAACAGGUUUUCACUGUAUCUGCGUUUCUGUAUCCAUAUUUGUUAUUUUGUAGCAAACAGACAGCAUUCUUAUCAAGGAGUAUUAUUUUUCAACAACAGUACAGAGAAAGCUUUUUCUCUGGUGGAAUGGAGUCUUACAUCACUAUAGAGACUGUAAUUUUUAUAACACCCAUUGAACCAUAAGAAAACAGCACUCCUUAUCAUGAGACAAUUCAUGACAGCAAAUGUUUUGCAUAUGUAACUGAAGGUACUGUGGACUCUGUGUCAAACCAUUAAAUAUAUUGUAUACAAUCUGUAUAUAUACUAUAUAUAAUGGUAUAUAUCGUGUGGAAGACACAGUAAGACAAUAGU